CUUCAUUCUACUCCACUUUAUUCCAUUUCUUUUUACCAUAUCUCUUUUAUUUCAUAAUUUCAAUGGAAAACAGACAAUUCUACAUUCAAUACCUCCACAACCAGCCAGUUGGUUUGAGAACUCAUAUUCUCAACACCAAUACUUUUGUCUGGCUUCAAACCCUGUUUACUGUUGCUGACUUGGUCGCUGCUUACAAGACUGCCACCACUCCCCUCCUUGACGGGAUUUCCUUAGCACACCUCACCAUCCAUUAUGUGGUGGAUGGUCCAGCCAUUGCUGGGAAUACUCUGUUGACCUCCAUUCAGGAGCCGGUUGGUUCCUACAACCAACCGCUUGUCAUCAAGGCCAACAAUGGUACUGGACAAGGCAUCUCUAAUUCAAUGUCAGGAGCUCCAGUAGGUUCGAAUACCGGAAUGGUUUCAGGAACAUUCGAAGAAACUGCAGAUACCGAAACCACUGUGUCACUUUUAAAGUAUCAUCACAUUGCCGAUUCUUUAAAAGAUGACGACUGUGUCGUGCAAAUUGUAAAAAUUAUCCUUGCAGUCACAGCUGGAGAAUUUUCGGGGUCAAGCUUCAAAAAUUUACCGUUUGCAUUUCUCGAGGGCUCAUCUGGCUCAGGAAAGAGUCAGAUGGGCUUUAAUAUCAAAGCCAAUAUUGGUGAUCGGAGGAGAGUGCAUUAUCUCCUGUUCGAUCCUCCCGGUUCGACAUCACAAAGAAUCUACCGCAACUUUGAAAACAUUUCAAAGUUGUUCAGCAAAUGUUAUGUAGAAGAUGAGCACAUGUACACUUCUGAAACUUCAUCUCCAAGCUGUGGUUCGCUGUUCAAAGAAAGUCUAUAUAUGUAUGGAUUUAUUUUUGAACUGCUAUCCAACAAAAUUCAGUCACCCACAGUCAGUAUUGGCCCAAAGACUGGCAAAGAUGUCCAAGAGCUGAUGACUUCCAAAGGAAUCCAUCAACACAGACCAGUGUUUAUUCUGGACGAGUGUAUUGCUAUUUCAGACCAGUCCUUAAAAAAAGUGCGAUUUGUGCGAAAUUGCUUUCGUUCAUUGGGUCUGGGACUCGUUAUGAUGGGAACAGAUUCCAGAGCAGCCAAACUGCAACUCAGCAUUGGAGGAAGCAGUCGAAGUGAUGUUCCAAUGCCGUGGUGUCAUGUGUUUGGGGAAUUUCCAGCAGUAAAACUAGAACUAACAGGAUUGCCACAAACACUACCAAGAUAUCUCAAAUCUAUCAUACUCAACUCAAGGCCACUUUUUGCGCAGCUUGUCGCAGAAGAAAUCGCAAACAAUGCUUCAGAUUUUGACGAAUUGAUGAAAGCAGCGUUUAUUAAACUGAAAUCAGUCAAAAAGAUAUUUGGAAAUCUUUACGGACAACUUGGACAGGUUCGGCUGUUUCAUAACGCUCACUGUCAACUGACCGAUUUGGAAAGCCAAUCGACCAAUCUGGAAAACCAAUCGACUCCAUUGAUUCACUCACACUUUGCCCAGCUAGAUGGAAAAAAAAACUUUAUAUUGAUGAAUGAUGGAUGUAUUCAAGACCAUUCUGCUUCUUGGGAACCGUCUUCGGUGUUUCCAGAGCUAAAGAACGAUAUUUUGCUUUACCUGCUGUUGAUGGGUGGAAAGGGAUUUUCCGCCUGUUAUGCAGGGGAUGGCAAGCAGGUGCCAUAUGCACAUUUUUUGAUGAAAGCCAAGAGUAAUCCGGAUUAUCGCAGCCAUAUUCUAUACUUUUCGAAUGCUGUACAGGAUAGCAAUGAUGGAAUGUUUCUCGAGUCUUUGCUAUGUUCGACAGUCUGUUUGGCUUCACAUUCUAAUGGCGUCAAGGGAAUUGAUCUAAAACCGUUUCUGUUGAAUUUGGUAUAUCAGCUUCAGAUUGAUAAACCUGAUUCCGAAGACGUCUCUAUACUCGAUCUGAACAGGCUCGAUGGUAUAACAUUUACUGUACCUUUUCUUUCACCGCCAAACCAAAAGUGGCCCGAUUUUGUUCAAAUACCUGGUUUGAACUUUAAUUGGUUAUCAAGAGCUCGAAACUCGGAAGGUAUUGAUUUGAAGACUUCCUGUGGACUUUUUGGAGAAUCCAAAGAUCACAAAGGUGUAAUCAGCCUUGAAACAAUGGUGAAUAUCAUUGAUAGGAUUCCUGAAGCAGCAGAGGUGGAACUAGUUUUUACACGAAAACUUCAAGAUUCGUACUUUAAUCCUCCAGCUCCAUCGUUUGAAAUUCAAUUCCAAAGAAAAGGCCAUGUUCUAAAAAAGGCUUACUACAAGAUUGACGCUUCAAAGCCCAACACUUUGCUUGAACCAAUCAAGGGUCUUCCGUGCGACCAGCCUGAUAUGGAUGGAGUUGUUAUUUUCUUUGAGAUCAAUGACAGGGUUAUUAUUUAAUGAGCAUUGAUAUUUCCUCCCAAUAAAUAUAUUUAUUAAUUUGUAC